AGGAGAAGAAGAAGGCUCUGUUUAGAAAUCAAAACCAACUUUUGAUAAAAAAAAUAAUAAUAAUAAUAAUAAAACACUUGAAGAAGGCUCUGUUUAGGAAUUAUGCACACUGUGAAUCUGUGAUGUUAAGCUUUCGGGCAAAACCAAAUAAUUAUUAUUAAUCAACUUUCAGGCAAACGAUGCACACUGUUGUGAUUAAUCAACUCUCUACCAAAACCAAAUAAUUAAUUUAACUCCUCCAACCCCUGUUUAUAUGCACUAAAUUAAUUGUUGGUGUAGAUAGAUACAAUGAAAAAUAAUCAUUUCAUUUGUUCUUUGCAUCUUCUCUCUUCUGGAGAAUCUGCGAAUCUGUUUAACUUCAGCUCUCAAUCUUUUAGUUUUGGAUUGUGAGGUGAGAAAAGAAAGGAACUGAUUAUAGUUUCUCACCUAGCUGAGAGAAGAAAAGAAGUUAUUGAGGUUUCUCGUCUUCUUGUUUGGAUGAACAUUGUUUAAAAGAGGAUACAUGUAUCUUUUUAUUUUAUUUGUUUUGUAUUUAGAGGGGUAAUUUAGGUAUUAUAAAUUUUUUAUAAAGAGCAAUUUUGGUUUCUCACUACUUUGGUGAGAAACAACUUAAAUUUUGAGUGAUUUAUCUUUCUCACUAUUUCUCUUCCUUUCUCACCAUUUUUCACCUCAUUAUUUAUCCAGACAAGUGAUGAGAAACCUCAUUCUCUCCAUUUUCUUUCUUUUCUCACCAAACCUCUCCAUCCAAACGGUAAAUCCUUUCUCUUGGAAGGUGAUACUUUUUAGAGACACCAAAACCAUCGCAUGUAGCAAAAUUCAAAUGGAUGCAUUUCCUCCUUGGACCACUUGAAUCCUUCGAAGUAUCUAUGUGUCAACAUGCCCUGAGCUAUCUGAUUCUUAAUCAGGGAGUUAAAUAAAAAAAACACCCUCCAUGGUACCAAUCCUAUGUUGACAUCAUCCACACGUAGCAUGAUUCUCAGACCGCUUAUGUUCCCUUCUAUCCAAUAUGUAACAUAAAUUGCUUACUUCUGCAAAUUUUAAUUGCGGGAAGUUAAUUUCCUAGACCUGCACACUUUUUAUACAUCAUAAUAAUAUACAUAAGAACAUAUACACAUAUUUUAAUAUUUAAUUUAGAGUGCUACAUUCGAACCCUAUAUUUCUAUUCCUUCUUUUAUUCUGUCUCCCCGUUUUUCAAUAAGAAAUCAGGAAAAAUGAUUCACAUUCUCUAAUCUAUAUAUUCUUUUGCAACUAGAGUCAUUAAUACAGGUUCUGUUAACUUGAUUAACUAUUGUAUAUUCUUCAAUAAGUUCAGCAUUCAUAUUAAAGUAAAAACCCAACGAAUCAAAAAAGUAGGUUUCAAGUACAAACGCAAUUUCUGUUCAAAAAGAAGUACAAACGCAAUUUAUAUCGAAGAGUGAAAAACAAAAAAGAAAUGAUUGUGGUUUCUCAUCUAUAUGAGAAAAGAAAAAAAAUGAUUAUGUUUUCUCGUUAUCAUGUUUGGAUGAGUGAAAUAUUCUUCCAUUGCAUUUUAAGGGACAAUCUAGAUAUUAUAAAUAUUUUACAGCCAAUCAACUUGUAUCUCACCAAAUCUCACCGUUUGAGUGAGAAAUGAAAUAGGUUUGGUAAGAGAUUUCUCUUUGGGCAAAUUACAAAUUACAUUUGUAGUCUUUCUAUUUUGGGCCUUGUAUCAUUUUGGUCCCUAUAAUUUCAAUUGGCUCAAUUUUGACCUUGAAUUUUAAGUUUGUCUCAAUUAAUCCAAUUUAUCACAAAUGUAAGCAUUUUUUAAUAGAAAAUACAUACAUAAGUGAUAUGUGUCAUGUUUUUAGAAGCAAAAUUACAAACUUGGUCUACUUAGUAAGUUAAUCUCAACCAAUUUAGUUAUUAUUUAUAUAAAAUAAAAAAUAAAUAAAAAGAAGAAAAAACACUAACAAUAUUAUUAAUUGGACAAAAUUAACACAAAAUUUAAAAUUAAUGGUCAAAAUUUAAUCAAUUGAAAGUGUAGGGACAACAAUGACACAAGAAGCAAAAUGUAGGGACUUCUGGUGCAAUUUGGCCUUUCUCUUUUCUCACCAUUUCUCACUAUUUACAAACCAAACAUGAGAAAAGAUUAUCAUUUCUCACGAAAUCACCCCAUUGAAUGAAUCAAAUGAGCAGGUUUGAAGUACAUACUCCAAUUUAUACUCACACAUUGCCCUUAUUAGAAACAAGAAAUGUAGAUAAAAACCAAACCUUGAAAUCUUGUCCCAAAGGUCAUCCUGAGUUCCGAAUAGCGAAAUCAUUCAGCAAAGCAGAAUCUAGGACUCUUCUAGACAUUAAAUAAAUAUCAUUGAAUGAAUGAAAUUUCAUAUACAAAACCCAGAAACUAUGACUCAUGUACCAUGAACAAAACCCUAGAUCAAUUACUUCAACAAAUUUAAAGCUCAAAGUUACCUUGAACAGCGACAUUGUGAUCCAAACCCUAAAAGGUAAUAACAUCGACUGAUUCACAAAAUCUAGAUUUGCGAGCUGGAGCUCCGGAGGCGAAAUAGAAGAACUAUUGAGGACAGAGAUACAGUGAGAGAGAGGGAGAGAAGACAGAGAGAGAAGCGGGGUGUACUAGUGCUCCACUCCACCUAUGGCUUUCUAGCAAAUCUGGAUCGUUGAUUUCCACGGCUUUGAAAUAAUCUGACGGCUAGGGAUACUGGGGACGUUCACUAUCAGAUACAAAUCCGAUGGAUGAGAUGGGUUCCGACUUCCGAGUAAUCUGAAUCAUUGGGUUGGGUCCCACUCAAAAGGCGCGCAAUUAGGGAUUAAAAAUCGGAUCAGACCGUUCACGGUUAGCGCUAACUAUCCAGUUUGAUGAAUCCUAUAAAUUGGGCACAUUUUUUUAUUUUUUUUUUUAAAAAACCUAAAUCCGAUAUCUGAUCUGAAUCUUAAUCCGACUAGAAUUUCACCAGCGACGAUCAUCUUCUCCGGCGAACUUGUUCUCCUCCCAAACCUCGCUUUCAUGGCGUUGGUGUAGUGAGAAUUGACUGUAGUUGUUCAUGGCUUCAGAAGCUGUGUUAUAACCAGUGAAAACCCUAAUUUGUUCAUCAGCCAAAGUCUGGAGGCGAGGCUUGAGAGUGUCAAUGACACAUGCUUGCUAUCUCACAGCUUUGAAGGCUUUAAAUUUUGGGGCAGCAGGAACUCAACGAUCAUUAUUUAAUUUGAAAUUUCCGUUCAAGUCUUCAAUAAGGCAAAUACACAUGGAAAAUAAUCACAAAAGUGAUUCAAGAGGUGCUUUAAUUGUACUAGAAGGGUUGGAUCGAAGUGGGAAGACUUUACAAUCAAGAAAGCUGAUUUCUUACUUGGAGGGACUCAGCUAUUCAGUUGAAUCAUGGCGUUUUCCUGAUAGAAAUACUGGUGUUGGGCAAAUGAUUUCCUCUUAUCUUGCUAACAAGUCAGAGUUGGAUGAUCACGCAAUCCAUCUACUCUUUAGUGCAAAUCGUUGGGAGAAGAGAUCCUUGAUGGAGAAUAAACUGAGAUGUGGAACCACCCUAAUUGUAGAUCGCUAUUCAUUUUCUGGGGUGGCUUUUUCAUCUGCCAAAGGACUUGAUAUUGAAUGGUGUAAGGCACCAGAGAUGGGGUUGCUUGCUCCAGAUUUGGUAUUAUAUCUUGACAUACCACCAGAGAAAGCGGCUGAAAGAGGAGGCUAUGGAGGGGAGAGAUACGAGCAGCUUGAGUUUCAAAGAAAAGUUGUCCGCUCAUAUCAGAUACUCCAUGAUGCCUCAUGGAAGACCAUAGAUGCUUGCCUCCCCAUUGAAGAUGUUGAGAAACAGUUGCAGGAGGUGGUACUGGAUUGUGUGACGACAUGCCAAAAGGGGAAACCCCUCUCACAGCUCUGGUCAAGUUGAGAUUGAUUCCCUAGAAAGGAAUGGGAUAACUUAAAUGUUGGCAACUAGGAUUAUAAACAAUAGUUCAGUCCGGUUUAUUAUGAAGACAAAUGCUUUUGAUCCUCUCUGCCAUGUUUUUAUAACCAUAUUUAGCUCUUUUGACCAUAUUUAGCUUUUUUGACACAACUUAUAAAUUGGUAUAUUUGUUCAGCUUAUUUUUGUUUUUUAUUCAA